GUAGACUAGACAGCGCAGCAGCACUGCUGACACACAGCUCGCCUCUGCUGUGGUGCCUCUGAGCAGCUGCCGGGCUCCCAGCUGGGCUCCUUCCUCUCUCUUCCCUGGCUGAUGGCUACCAACAGACCACUCUCCUGGAGCCUCCUGCUGGUCCUGUCCCUGGUUUUUGGAUUGAGCUAUGGAUCAGGUGGGGGUGUGAUAAACUGCCCAAAGAAUGUCCAGCAGUUGGGAAGCAGUGUGUGGCUGCCCUUGACAAAUGAGUGGAUAAAUAAGAGCACAAAUAAAAGCAUCCGCAUUGUUGUCACCAUGGCAAAAUCGCCAGAAAGCAGCGUCAAGAAGAAAAUAGUGUCUUUGGAUCUUUCUGAAGGGGGCUCUUCACGAUACAUCGAGCGUGGUUAUAAGUUUCACUUGGACAACCUGAACCUGGAACUCUUGGAAAGCAGGAAGGAACAUGAGGGAUGGUACUUUAUAAGCCUGGAAGAAAAUACUGCCGUCCAGCAAUUUUGCGUUCAGCUCAAUCUUUAUGAGCAGGUCUCCACUCCAGAAAUUAAAGUGCUAAACAGGACCCAGGAGAGUGAGAACGGGACCUGCAACUUGAUGCUGGCGUGCACAGUAGAGAAAGGGGACCAUGUGGUUUACAACUGGAGUAAGAAGGAAGGCCUCCACCCACUUAACUCAGCCAACAGCUCCCAGCUUCUGCACCUCACCCUUGGCCCCCAGCAUGCUGACAAUAUCUACAACUGCACCGUGAGCAACCCCAUCAGCACCAGCUUUCAGACCUUCAACCCAUGGUCCAUGUGCAGGUCAGACUCAUCAGAUACAAGACGAUGGGGACUAUAUAUUGGACUGUUGUUAGGGGGCGUCGUUGUGGCCAUCAUGGCUCUCGAGGUGAUCAUACUACUAUUCAGAAAAAAAGGCAAAGCUAACCAUUAUCAAUCUACAACGGGAGAGAAGAGCCUUACUAUCUAUGCACAAGUCCAAAAACCAGGUCCUCCUGAGAAGACACCUGAGACCCUACCAACCCAGGACCCCUGUACCACCAUUUAUGUGGCUGCCUCAGAUCCUGUGCCAGAGUCUGUUCAGGAACCGAAUCCCAUCACAGUCUAUGCCAGUGUGACACUUCCAGAGAGCUGACACCAUAGACUCGGUAAAGGGACUCUCUAAAGGAACAUGGAAGAAUCAAUUCAAACACUGAGCCUGGGCUCAGGCUCCAGACUCCUCAUGACACUCUACAUGUCUCCACCCUGCUUGGAUCCUCCACCCUUCUUGGAUCGACCUCCAGGUGGCGUUUCUUCCAUGGACACUAUGAAAUGGACAAGGAAGUGAGGCAUUUCACACACUCUGCUAUGGACCUGGACACAAGACAAAGCUACUAGUAAGCUUUCAAUCUUUGCAGUGUAGCAGAUGGAAUGGAUAAUGUGAGUCCAGACUUGUGGACAUUUUAUUCUCUGAUAAGACUGCAGUACAAAAACUAAUGUCAGAACACAAAGACAGCUAGUAUUUAUUUCAGGAAGCUGACGUCCCUUCUCAAAGUCUGGAUGAGUUUAUGGUUUGACUGUUUCUACUUUGUUCUGGAAGCUGGUCUUCAUCGCCUGCAUACCUGAUCAAAGCUCUGUGCCUCAGUUUCACUCUCAGGAUGAAGGACGCAUGAAGAAUGAAACGGGAAUGCUUUAGGAUACAUAAAACACUCCCAGGUUAUUCUGUAAAAGAAGCUAAUAGAAUCAGUAUUUUAUUUGCAAGAUCCAGAAACUCAAAAAAAUCAAUAAACGGGACAAAAGACUUUGAAGUUUCUGGAAGUCACCUAAGACUGGAAAGAACAGUCCUGCGCAAACAGUAUGUUCUUGUAAGGAAAAGAGGAAAAGCGGCAAGUGCUUGGUAAUGCUGUUACAAAGGAAUCUGGCAUACUCAACUUGUCCCAGGGUGAUUUUUCACUUCCCCAAAAUGACCUUUCAAUACUGGUUAUUUGUUUACUUCCUUGAGCAACAAACCUGGGGUCUGAACUAAGACUUUCUGCACCCUCGUUCUGAACCCACUUCACAGUCUGGACCUUGUGCAGGUCUGGGUGUCCACGAGGCGCUUCCUAUUCCCAAAAUACCUCUCUUUGCACUAACUUUGUCUUUGAGUAAUAAUUAAAUUAUUUUGGCCCGAC